CCUAAAUAAGAUGAGACAAUUGCGAUUAAGUUCCUCUUAUCUAAUUAUUAGCAUACCUUCUUGUAUUAUUAUGAUUAUUUAUAUAGGAGAGACAGGUGCAGUUUUUUUACAGACAGGUUGUCUGUAAAAUGUUAGUUUUUGGGGGGAAUCCAGAAAAAACCUGCGUUACAUGUGUGUCUUUAGCUUUCAUGCUGUAUUUGAAUUGGGGAAGAGGACAGUUGAAGGGUCAAAGGUUGAAAGUGAUAAGAGAAGGACAAAGACAGAGAGGUUGUGCGCCGCUCAGACAGUGAGGCUGCUCAGCACUCAUCAUGGAUUUAUUUCCUGAGAUUUGGAUCCUGUGCUCUCUCCUCUGUUCAGUGGCCGGUCAGGCCCCUGUGGUGUCCGUGGACCCCCGGUCCGCCACUGUGCGCCAGGGCGAGUCGGUCAGCUUUCGGUGCCAGGCGAGCGGCACCGUCCAACCGGUCCAGCUGGAGUGGAGCAGACCUAACAACCAAGCAUUACCAGACAAUACAAAAAUCGGUCCCGAUGGGUCUGUGCUGACGGUUGCUGAUGCUCGGCCUGGAAACCAUGGCCAGUACCGCUGUGUGGCGGUCAGCUCCGCCGGCCGCAGCUCUGCCAACGCUGUGCUGAACGUCAAACAUGCCCCUAAGGUACGGCUGACCCCGGCCGGGCCUCUGCGGGUCAGGGUGGGUGACUCCGCGUCUGUGGAAUGUCGUGCCACAGGCAGGCCCCGACCCACACUGUCCUGGAAACGCCAAGGUUCCACCCUCAACCUGGUGACCAGCGAAAUAAACGAUGUCAACACCAUAAAGUGGACCGACAUGCGUCCAGAGGAAUCCGGAGUUUACAUUUGCCAAGCUGAGAACAACGAGGGGAUUUCGGAAGUCAAAAUUCAGGUGUCCGUGGAUGGCCCUCCGGGAGCACCCGUGGCCUCGGUGACCCCUGCCGAAAUGACGGUGGUGGAGGGGCAAACCGUCACGAUGGAGUGCAAAGCCAGUGGUUCCCCUCCUCCUCUCAUCAGCUGGUCCAAGCUAAGAGCUCCAUUGCCAUGGAAACACACGGUGGCUAAUGGAGUUCUGACCAUCACCAGCGUGGGGCGCCAGGACUCAGGAGAGUACAUCUGCAACGCCACCAACAUUCAGGGCUACAGCGAGGCGUACACGCAUAUGGAGGUUGAGACCCCCCCGUACGCCACCUGCCUGCCGGACCAGGUGAGGCUGCGGCCCGGAGACGCCCUGAUGAUACAGUGCCUUGCCCACGGCUCCCACCCCAUCGAGUUCACCUGGAGCAGGAUGGGCAGGGGCAGCUUAUCGGCCGGGGCAGAGACCACCAAAGAUGGCAGGCUGCUGAUAGCCGACGUCAAAAUGAGCGACAGCGGGACGUACAAAUGUGUGGCCACCAACCGCAUCGGGUCCAGUACGGCCCAGGCCAAAGUCAUCGUUAAAGCUUGAAACAACCCGUGGCUUAAAUGGAAGAAAAACAGAAAUCAUCCGGGGAAAAUUAUAUUUAAUAGAGUCAUAUAUUGUGAUGUAUAUCAAGCUGCAGCUUGUUGAACUUUGUGAUAUUGUGCAAAGGUUAAUGUUUCACUUUUAAAGGGAAAAAUCCCUCUGCUUUGGCUCUCUGUGACUAACGUCUGGCAGUAUGUGUGUGGGAGGUGUGUCUUUGUGCUGCAUACGGCCUCUUUUUCUUCACUAACCUCUUUGCUAAACUGUAGUGGAAAAGUUUAAAAGAAAGUGAUAGAAAAAAAACAAGAAUGUGACCGAAUAUAGAAGUCUUUGCCAUAAUGAGAUCAUUAAAUGAAAAAAAAAAAGCUUUCAAACAGAAUAAAAUCAUUGAAAUGGACACUGGCAUUAGGGAUCUUAUAAUGGAAGCUUUAGCUGCCUGGUCCCAAAAGGUGAAUUUUGUUUUGUGCAAAUGGCAAUUAAUGAAAGUGUUGUUUUUGCUUCAACUGAAGCUCACAUAAGAGUCAUCACUCAUUAGUUUGUGGGAUGGUAGGAGAAAGAGUGAAGAGUAUAAAUUGCACAAGCUGCAGGGAUUCUGGAAAUAACGCAGUUUUGGUGCUGAAACUGUAUGACCAGCUCAUCCAAAUGGUUUGAACUUUAAAGUAAGCUUGUGUUCACGGAUUUCAGAGGAUUUCUUUGUUGAGAGCAAAUGUUCCAAAAAACAAAACAUGGAUGGAUGUCAAGAGAAGAUUAUGGACAAACUGUAUACAUGGGUAGAUUUAUAAGUAUUAGUCAGUUUUUUUUUUAGAGAAUAGAAGCUCUUGGAUCCUUUGUGAGAGUACGGUUACUGCAUACCAAAGCAAAAUCAGAAGAGGAGUUCUUAUGACUCUUCAAGUUUUUCUUCCUUUUUGUGGGAUCCUUCAAAUAACCAGCUUCCUUCCUGUUCAUAAUUUACAUAAACCCGAGAACAACAGCAUUUUUUACUAUUAAGAAAAACAAGAAUAACACCUUUUUUAACAUGUUCAUUACUUUAAUAAUUUUGCAGCAUAUGGCCCUGUGCACGUUGGUGUGUUUUGGAUUGAUAUUCGGGGCUAUAAAAGAAUAAUUCAGACGUGGCUGGGAGGGAUUUAUUUUUAAAAACACAUCUUGCCAUCUGUCUGCCUGUUGCUGAUGUUCCCUCUGAGAGUCCGUCCAUGGUCAUUUCUUUAACCACAUGGUGGCAAUACAUUGCUUUAUGACACCCUAUGGCCAAAUGAGAAAUUUGAGCUGUCACACUUUUAAUAAAUGGAUCAGCAGAUGCA